AUGAGUGGCGAUGUGGUAGAGAACAGUGGCGCUUGGCCAUCGGGCAAGAAUGCGUAUCGACUGGAGGAAAGCAUUGGCGUGGGCGCCACCGCUACAGUUUAUAAGGCUUACUGCUUGCCUCGCGACGAAUUCUGUGCCAUAAAAUGCAUCAACCUCGAGAAAUGUCAGACUUCCGUGGACGAGCUGAGUCACGAGAUUCAGGCUAUGUCUCAGUGCCAUCACCCCAAUGUUGUCAACUACUAUUCGUCAUUCGUCGUCGACGAGGAACUUUGGGUAGUGAUGCGUCUUCUUUCGUGUGGAUCUAUGCUUGAUAUCCUAAAGAAGAAGAUCAAGAUGCUGGGGAAGGAGCAGGCGAUGUAUGGUGUCCUUGAUGAAGUCUCGAUCGCCACCAUUCUCCGAGAGGUCUUGAAGGGGCUUGAAUAUUUCCACUCAACUGGACAAAUCCAUCGAGACAUCAAGGCGGGCAACAUUCUCAUUGCCGAAGAUGGUACUGUGCAAAUCGCGGAUUUCGGUGUUUCUGGUUGGCUGGCUGCUUCUGGUGGAGACUUGAGCCGACAGAAAGUUCGUCAUACAUUUGUCGGGACCCCGUGCUGGAUGGCGCCCGAAGUCAUGGAACAAGUCUCCGGUUACGAUUACAAGGCUGACAUCUGGAGCUUGGGGAUAUUGGCGAUUGAGCUAGCAACCGGCACAGCCCCUUACCACAAGUAUCCGCCAAUGAAGGUUUUGAUGUUGACCCUACAAAACGAUCCGCCGAACCUCGAGACAAAUGCUGAGAAAAAGGACCAAUAUAAGGCUUACGGAAAGAGCUUCCGCAAUUUGAUCAAGGAUUGUCUGCAGAAAGAUCCCAGCAAACGCCCCACGUCUUCCGAACUUCUCAAGUACUCCUUUUUCAAGAAGGCCAAGGACAAGAAACAUCUCGCAUCGGUCCUGAUGGAUAACUCUGCAUUCAGCUUGGCCAAGGGACAACCACCGAAGCCUAAAUCGGCAACUUCCGGGCGACUGAAGAAGAACCCACAAGGUGAAUGGGAGUUUGAAUACGACUCGAUCAGCGGCAGCGACGAAGAGGAGACCGUACAGGCGCCUAAUGCCGAGCCCGUUGGAGGUGAACCUGCCGCGGCUGGGCCAACGUUGAACAUGGUUCUUCGUGUACGGAAUCAAUUGCGUGAGCUCAACGAUAUCAAAUUCGACUAUACGCCACAGACUGAUACGGUCGAUGGCAUUGCUCAUGAGCUGGUGACCGCCGAGCUGAUUGAUUGCCACGAUCUCGUCAUUGUAGCUGCCAACCUGAGGAAGCUCAUAGAGCUGGCCGAGGCUGGUGCUGAGAAGCGCUGCGUGACAUUUGCUCUGAAUUCUGGCGUUGCUCCGAAUGAAAUCCCUGACGAACGUACGCUGACGGGAUUUGCUCAAAUAUCGAUCAUCGAC